AUGAAGGAGUUCAAAUAUCGCAAAAUCGGAGAGCACUCACGAGUCGACGAGUCGCUCUUCGGAACUGCGUUCGAACGGGAUGUCCUCAUCACUGGAAAAGAUACAGUAAUGGCCAUGUGGGCCGAGAAAAAGCAGCGGUCGUGCGGUGACGUUUCCGACACGAUUCUCCUGCAUAAUGACGAGCUCAUGAAAAUGAAGGAAAGGAAAAGACGGAUGCUGGCAAGAGAGGCAGAACGACGAAAGAAAGAAAUUGCCAAAUUGAACAACGAGGACUCGCUGAUGGAUUCAAUUCGCAACAAAGCGCUCGAGGCAAAGUAUGAGCAGCGUGACGAGGUCAAGAAGAUGAAUCAAAUGAUUCUUCACGGCAAAGUGAACACCAUACGAGACACGCAAAUAGAACAGAAAAGGCAAUGGAAAGCUGAGAAUGAGGCAAUGGAGAAGAAGCUGGACCUCAUCAUGGAUAUCGCUCUCAUCCAAGGCAUACAUCAAGACGAGGAGAAGGAGCUGAAACGACAGCAGAAGCUAAAGGCAGAGGCAGCCAUGAUCCGCAGCCAAAUCGCCGAACGCGAGGCAAAAAGGCAACUUGAAUUGGAGGAACGGGAACGGGAACGCCAGCUCCUAGUGAAGCAAAUGGAGGCUCUUCAGAUCGAGGAACAGAAAACGAGGGACCAGAAAGAGGAGACAAAGCGCAUGCUCAUGAACGAGAUAAACUCGCAUAACGCGAAGUUUUCGAAAGAAAAAGAAGAGCGUCAGGCCGAGCGACUCAAGGAGGAUAUGGCGAUUGCCGAAUAUCAGCGAGAGAAGGCGCAAAGAGAAAAGGAGCUGGAAGAUAGGAAGCGGGAGAUGAUGGCCGCGAAAGAAAAGGAAAUUGCGGCCCUUUAUGCGAAGCACGAAAAGGUCAUGGAUAAACAAGCAGAAAUGGACGCCUUGAGGGCACGCCGGGCAAUGGACGAACGGGAGAGACGCGAGAGACUGAAAGAAACACAGGAAAAAGAGCGAUUAGGCCGGAUCAAUGCGGAACUGGCUGAAGCUCGUCAGAAACAACAUCGUGACAAAGUUCAGACUUUAGCACAGAUGGCAGUUGCCGACCAGGAGGAGUUUGAUCGCAUGGCUCGUGUUCAGAGAGAGAGUGAAAAGGCUGAGAAAAAGAAAAGAGAGGAGGAGCAGCUAAAGCGGCACAAGCAUGCAGAGGAACUCAGACGACAAAUUGAAGAACACGAGAAAGCGAAGCUUCAACGAAAACGCGAGCAUAUCGAAGAGGCCAUCCGUCUCAAGAAGGAACAGGAAGAAGACCGGAAAACUCUCGAAACGAUAAAGGUAAUAAGAGGAGUUAUAAAGAGCCACGAGGAAUGA